UUGUGCAAAUGGAUCACUAGUUUCCUUGCUGAUCGGAGCAUCAAGGUCGUAGUAGACGGUGCAUGCUCUGAUUACAAGCCUAUCAACGCUGGUGUUCCACAAGGGAGUGUCCUGGGACCGUUACUAUUUAUAUUGUAUAGUAAUGACCUACCUGAAUACGCAGAACAAAAUUUGACGCUAUUUGCAGAUGACAGCACCAUUACAGUACCUUGUAAAAAUAUUAAUACAUACGAAUAUGACAUAAACAAUUCCCUAAAAACAAUUAUGAAAUGGCUAAGUCACAAUAAUUUAAAAAUAAAUUUAAGCAAAACAAAGGUUAUACAUUUCAGUCAACGCAAACACGAUAAUAGUAAACUCAUAAUACAAUAUAAUAACUAUAAUAUUGCCGAAGUCGAAAGCACGAGAUUUUUUGGGCUAGAAAUUGAUGAAAAAUUGAAUUGGAAAUCGCACAUUAGGACUCUUUGUAAAAAUAUAAGUAAAUCUGCUUAUGCUCUAGGCAUAUUGUAUUCUAUAAUUUGUACGGAUGGACUCCUUACUGCGUAUUAUGUUACGGUAGAAACAUACCUACGAUAUGGUGUAAUAUUUUGGGGUAACUCUUGUGAUUGUUGUCUGUCUGUUUGUUCAGACUAA